UCACAUGACUGUGGGAAUUGGGCAACAACACCGUCACGUGACCAGUACAAGCUUCCCGUUUGGGUUUUUACUCUUCACAGAAACUGAAGCUCUGAGCUGAGCUGAGCUAAACAUGGAGCUGCUGCUGCUGCUGCUGCUCUGCCUGUCUGGACCACUUUUCUACCAGCUCGUCUGUUCAGCACCAAUAAAAGAGUCCAUUAGAGAGAGACACCUGCAGGAAGGAAGCAAAUUCUGGCAUCUCUCGGACCUGCACUUCGACCCCACCUAUCAUGUCAAUAAAGAUCCCACCAAAGUGUGCUUCUCCUCAAAGGGCGUCCCCGUGACAGACCCAGGACUUUUUGGAGAUUUCAUGUGUGACUCUCCGUACCAGCUUAUUAAGUCAGCUUUCAGUCAUAUGAAGCACGUGGACCAACAGCCUGACUUCAUUAUCUGGACUGGAGACAGUCCUCCUCAUGUUCCAGUGAAUGAGUUGUCCACAGAAGCUGUGAUCAGUGUAAUAAGCAACAUGACUCACACCUUACGUCAGUUCUUCCCUGAGCUGCCGGUAUAUCCUGCACUGGGCAACCACGACUACUGGCCACAGGAUCAGCUUCCAGUGAAGACAAGUACAAUUUAUCAGGCUGUAGCCAAACUUUGGACUCCAUGGCUAAGCCCAGAAGCCCUCGCUACACUGCAAGAAGGAGGCUUUUACUCUCAGCUGAUAAAGCCUGGUCUCCGGCUGGUGAGCCUGAACACAAACCUUUAUUACACACCCAACAAGGUGACCGAGAACAUGACUGACCCAGCCGGUCAGUUCAAGUGGCUGCAGGAUACACUGGAGCUGUCCAAACAGGGCAUGGAGAAAGUUUAUGUGAUUGCUCAUGUCCCAAUUGGUUACCUGCCCUAUGCCAAAAACACCACGGCCAUGUGGGAGCACCACAACGAAAAACUAGUGGACAUAUUCCGUAGCUACAGUGACAUCAUUCAGGGCCAUUUCUAUGGGCACACCCACAGAGACAGCAUAAUGGUUCUGCUGGAUCGCCAAGGAAUGCCUGUUAACUCCAUCUUUGUCGCUCCGGCUGUGACACCAAUCAAAAGUCCUCUGGAGCAGUAUUCAAAUAACCCUGCUGUCCGCAUGUACCUGUACAACCCUCAAGACUAUAGCUUACAGGAUCUCUGGCAGUACUACUUGAAUCUCACUGAAGCAAACAAGAAAGAAAUGCCCAUCUGGAGUCUUGAAUACAUCAUGACUGAAGCCUUUGGUAUCAAAGACAUUCAGCCACAAAGCCUGCAUGAACUUGCCCUGACAUUCGAGGUGCCACAAAGCAAAGCCUUUCAGAAGUAUUUCACUUACUUCAUGGUAAGUUACAAUGAAACUAUCACCUGUGAAGAUGACUGCAAGAUGGUGCAGGUCUGUUCUGUGCACUUUUUGGAUCGUGAGUCGUAUUCCUGGUGUAUCAAAAAAGGAAGCACAGGUGGAUACCACUUUAGAGCCAAAAACUGAAAAGCACACUCUAUUUCAUUUUUGUAUGUAUAUAUAUUGGAUUUUGUACCUGAUCACAAAGGCAAUGAAGUUUAGCUUUUUCUUAAAGGGAGUCAAUCAGCUAGGAAAACAACUUUUUGAUUGUGUUAAAUUAUUAAAACACUGCAUAUUUUGUUUCUAGUCCCAGCAAUUUACAUUUACAUAUAUGCAUUUGACAAACACUAAUCUAGUGGGACGUUUAUGCUACAGAUGUACUCUGUAAAAAAAAAACAAAAUGGGCCAAGCCAACAAGGCAGAACAGUAACCUUUUAAUAAUCCUAACAUUAAAUAAAUAGGCAAUAAAUUCUCUAGAAUCAAAGAAUUAAAUGCAAUUUAAAAGCAACUUAAAAUAAAAUAGGCUCACUUUGAUUUCUUCAAAUGUUAAAGUCUUAUGGAUAAACUUGCAUACAGGCUUUUAGAGAUAGAAGAAGCAAUAUUGUUCCACAGCAUUGAUGGCUUCCAUUGCCAAGCUAGUUUGUGUUUAAUCUGAGACCAAAUAUUCUCUAUAGGCUUUAAAUCUGGACUCUGACCAGGCCAAAACUAACAUUAUAAGCCAUUGUAUUUUGGGUUUGGCCUGUUUUUUAUUUUGAACAGGAGUGUAGGGCAAUAUAGUGUAAUUAUUGGUGUAGUGUGGUCUUAUCCAUAUAGGGAAUCGCAUCCAAAUGAGUCUGCUGCAUAGAGGGCAACUGUGUUACUCUCAGUGCCAUACCAAAAAACUAAAUGCCCAACUGAUUACUCAAAUCAAUUUACCAGAGUAUGUCGUUGCUUAGAGCACACACCCCUGAUUUUCUGUAGCUACAAGACUUUUUUGAUACAGCCUUUGGUAGCAUUACGUUUAUCUGUUUUUUUUUUCUUGUGAUUGAUUAUGAUGAUUUAUCAGAUGAUCAGGGGUCUGUCUCAUUAAGCACAGUGUUCUUAAAGCUUCAGCUUCUACACCCUCAGUUAACAAGCUGUACAGCAGCCUUUAUUAACAGCUCUAUUAAUUCAGGUUUAGACACUCAGGCUGUGAUUAAUCAUAUGCACAUGAAAAUGUAAUGUUUUUGACAGACAGACAGUUGCUUUAAAAAGGAGAACAGUCGAGCAGCUUAUUUUUCAGAAACGUACAAUGUGAACAAAGAAAUGGCAUAGAGAUACAUGCAGGGAGCUGUAAGGUGAAAUAUUCCUAAACAAAACUCAGUUUUUUAGAUUUACCAUUAUUUUACCAUGAUCAAUAUUACAUAUGUAAACUAAGAAAGCACAUGUAGCAUCACUGGUGGUUUGGAAAGUAAAUAAAAUGGUCAUAUUUGUGUUGUAGACAUGGUCACCCCUGUCUCCUAUCACCAACAUUGAAUUGCCAGGUUUCUAUACAAUGAAGCAUUUAAAAACAUUCCUCUCUGAAUGACUUUGUUUGUCUUAACCACUGGAUUAUGCAGAACUAUUGAAAAACAGGUGGAAUUAUUUUUGUCUAUGUACUAUAAUUUCUUUCCCCUGACAAUAAGGUCCAAGAGCUCAUUACAGUCCAUAAUACCUGAAGGGUCCCUUUGAGCAGUUAUGACAAGAAGAACUUUACUAGCUGCCCAACGAAAAAAAUAACAUGAUAAUUUGUCAGCCGAUCACAAUCCUGACACUCUCCUCAUCUUUCCUAAACACACUUAAUUUUCUCCCACAGUCACUGCUUAGCAACCGCUCAGCUAUGCGACCGUACCUUGCUUUUAGCUUUCAGGCUUGUAGCAGUGAGUUAGUGUAUCUAGUGUGCAGAUAUUCAGAAGAUGUGCUGGUUAUUGUUAUUGCUUUAUGUAAAUUGGGGGAAAAAACAUAAGGGCUUACAGUGGUGCUAUCAUUGUGGUGCUGCACAACCCUCGUAUAACCUGCUUUUACCUGCAUGGUGAUGUGGUCUGUGAUCCACUGUUGUGAGUCAGAAAGUCAGAGGUUAAAUCAAACCAAGUUUAAAGUGAGCUGGCUAAGUAUAUUAAGAGGCAGGCCCCAGAUCAGUUUAUAUGAAAGGAAUACAUUGUAAUGGUUGUACAAUUUACAGUUUUAUGUCUUUUUAAGCUGUUUUUUUGUGACUACCACUGUUUAAUCAAAUCUACUUGCUGCUGAAUUAUUGUUUACUGUAAUUUAGGCAUGAAAUCAUUUGAAAAUGCCAUUUUGAUUCAUCAAGGCCAGAUGUCUCUCCACUAUUGUGGACGGUGCCUUCUUUGCACAAUAAAUAAAAUUGUUGACAACUGA